AUGCUGGGAGUGCGGCCCCUCAGCCCCGGUGCCGACCCCGCGCCCUGGGGCACACCGCAGCCACAAGAACCCAGCCCUGACAGGCGACGCCGCCUCCAAGAGCCCUCCGCGACACCCGGCCUGGAAGAGCCCUCAGGGUCCGCCAGCGAUGCGCCCACCUCCGUGGUGUUCUUGGCCGCCGGCUGCGCCAUGCAACUGCAGGUGGAUGGCGUCGAGCUGCUGCUGGAGCCUGAUCCCACCUCGGUCCUGGAAGUUUCGCUCCCUGAACACACCAUCAUCCUGGUGCCCGAGGGCCUCCAGGCUUCCGACUAUCUUGGACAGCCUGGCUUCUUGUCCGCCAGCCCGCAGGGGGGCGCUGCCCUGGGAAUGCCAGAGGGUGAACUCCUAGUCCUCCAGCCAGGAGCCUCCUGUGAGUACAUUCUAGAAAAUUCCUACGAAGAGGACUUCUUUGAAGAGGAUGUGGACUCUGACUUAUUGUCACCCUGCAUGGAUCCUCCAGCUGAUCAGGCAAGUGAGCACUUUUCCUCCACCAACAGGGUGCCCAGUCCUUGGCUUCAGGGCCACAUCCCAGAACCAUGUCCUUCGGGGCCUUCCCCUAAUGCAGAGCCAUAUUCUCCAAGGUCUAUCUGGGACCAGGACAGCUACCUGCUGGGACCCUUCCCCAGCUCAGCCCUGCAGCCCCUGCCUCCAUCUCCUCCUCGAAGUCCCCAAGAGCAGCGCCCUCCAUCCUCUCCAAGGUCCCCAUGCAAGGCCAGGAAGAGACUGUUCUGUGAAUGA